AACUCCUCACUGUUUCGAAGCUGUCACAAGCUCACAAUUGUCUCCUUCCUACGUUCCCUUCUCUUCGCCAUCACUUGCCUUCCCACUCGUCGCAUUCUUCAUUCCAAUCCUAAAACCCUGAUUUCAACCACCGGCCCUUUCUGAUUCCAAUGCGUUGAGACACCCAAUUUCACAAAACCACCAAAAGAAAAUGCUUUCCUUCCCUCGCCUUCGGUUUUUACUGCUUUCCUAUCUCUCCUUUAUCUCCGUAGUUACAGCUGCCUCUGCGUCCAGUUCGAGCUCUGAGCAAUCGUCUAUCUAUGAAGUUCUUAACGCCCAUGGACUCCCCAAGGGUCUGCUACCAAAGGGUGUGAAGGAAUUCGACAUCGAUGGGGAGGGUCAAUUCUGGGCGCAUUUGGAUCAAGCUUGUAAUGCCCAGUUCGAGAACGAAUUGCAUUUCGAGAGAAACAUUACGGGCACUUUGAGUUUUGGGCAGAUCGGGGCGUUAUCGGGAAUAUCGGCUCAGGAUCUGUUUCUUUGGUUCCCAGUGAAAGGUAUUCGCGUGGAUGUACCGAAUUCUGGGUUGAUUUAUUUUGAUGUAGGUGUUGUUCGCAAGCAAUUCUCUUUAUCCCUUUUCGAGACGCCACGGGAUUGUGUGGCGGUUCGGUCUGAAGAUGUAGUUGGCUUUCAAGAUGGGAGAUUCAUGGCUGAAGCUGUUUCCAAGGGUAAAUCUUCUAAACUUCAAUAUCGGCUUGAUCAGGAAAAACAGGAAAAUAUUGUAAGAGAUGUACUGUAAACCAUGCAAGUAAGAACUAGUGCAGUAGAGGUGGCCCCUGCAUCUUCGUGAUUAUUGGCAGGAAGACUUCUUGGAAUAGGCAACCACAAGAUAACUUUGGAGAAUCAAGUGUGUUCUGAAAUUGAUAAGGCUAGACAGGAGCAUUGGUUGUGAUGAACUCAGGUGAAAAGUCUGCGAAGAAUCAUGUCAAAAGUCAUUGUGCUUGUAAUAUAUGUUGGGUGUAUGUUGACGAGUCAAUUUUGCAAUAGAACUUUGUAAUAAACAGAAUCAUAUAGAACUUUGUGAUAUAAAGAUUCAUCCAGAAAAUUUUGCAUCCGUUAUCAAGAAUUA